UUUAAGUCUCCUUUAAUUAUUUCAUGUACAAUAAAGGACUAAUUCUUUACCGGUAAAAUUUCGAUGCCUUGGACAUCCCUAAUCGGCAAAAGAUCUUAACUUUCUAUCAAAAUGGACGUGUGUUAAAAGCGCAGACGAUAGGAAAUUAUUUUUAUUCCAUGUUAUUGAUAAAUCUCUGACAAGAUGUAUAAUGGAAUCGGGUUACAGACCGCUCGAGGUUCUGGAACUAAUGGAUAUGUGCAAAGAAAUUGGGCAUCUGUUAGAAGAACGAAAGAUUCUGUAAAUUAUCGUACUGAAGACGAGAUAGCUAAAUUGGAUUCUGCGUCAAAUAAACAACCAAACCAAGAAAUUCUUGAUCAUGAGCGAAAAAGAAAGAUAGAAGUUAAAUGUACUGAGUUAGAAGAUAAGUUGGAAGAACAAGGGUUGCCGAAAGAGGAGAUAGCGGCGCGUGUGGCGGCUUUUAGGGCGAAGCUGUCGGAGUCUAGCGGCGAUAAAGACGUACAGAAGGACGAAUAUGGCAGAGUUCUCGUACGUGAAACACAUGCUGUGGCUGAAGCCCAACAAGAAAAAAACGCAAGAUUACGAGAUGCGUUCGGCAUAUCACCUCGUUUCGUGGAGGGGACAAGUCUUGACCCAGAAAGACGAGCUAGGGAGGAAGCCCAGAAAUACCCGUUGGUGAGAACUCCCAGCCAUGAGAAGGAACAACGAGAUCAGGUUUCAAAGAAGAAAAAGAAGCGGAGUGCAUCACCAGAAGUCAAAAGGUCAAAGAAGAAAAAAUCCAAGAAAAAUAAAAAAGAGAAGAAUGAAUCCAGUAAGAAGAAAAAGAAACGCUCCAAAUCUUCUGAUUCUGAUUCGUCCACUAGCUCCGAAGGCAGCGACUCCGAAAGUUCCGCCGACGAUCGUCAGAAGAAAAAGAAGAAGAAAAAAUCAAACAAGCGGCGUGCCAGCAGCAUACAAUCCAGCCGGGAGAGUUCACCUGAAAAGCAAGAAAAAGACAAAUACUCUGAGAGGCCCAUUGAGAUUCAAGAUAAUGAACGAGGAAGGUACCGUGACCGUGAAGACCGAAAUCAUAGAUUUGACGACAGUAAAAGAUCGCGACAAAGUGCUAACAGACACCGCGACAGGAGCCCAUCUUAUGAAGGGCAGUCUCCAGAAAUUAGAUCGCCGGAAAGAAAGCAGAAAUCGUAUAUUACUAAAAUAGAAAACAAAAAGAAAAUUGACAAAGAUGAAUUUGAUCUGGAAAAGCCAGUAGAAAAGAAUAAGCGGGAUCGACGGCGAUCACCGUCGUCUGAUUAUGAGACAAUUCCAAAGAAAAGUGACAAGCGCGACAAAAGAGGUUCUAGUGAGUCUCCGCCACCAGAGAAAAGGCGACGUCGCAGUCCUUCCUAUAGUAAAAAAGAUGAUCAAUACUCACGAGAAUCAAAACGCGAUGACUCAUAUUAUCAAAGAGAAUCUAAGAGAGACAAAUAUCAGAAAGAAACUACAAAAGAUGAAUCCUACUUAAAAUCAUCUAAAAGGGAUAAUGAAAGAUAUCAUCGUGAUAAAUCUUAUGAGAAUAAAAGAUCUAUAAGAAAAAGCGAGUCUCCUGAUUACAGACGAAAAGAUAGCAACAGAAAAGACGAGCGACCGGAUGAAAGAAAAAGAUCCGAUGUUGAAAAAGGGAAUUAUAGAAGUGAGCGCUAUGAAAGAUCUCGUAAUAAUAGAGAUGUGGAUGAUUUAAAGCGAAAACGAAAAAGAAGUAGAAGCGCGUCUGAAGAAAGGAGAAAAUCUCGAGAAGUUUCUCCAAAAACUAGUAAUAAUAAUAAAUCUUAUAAAAAGGAUGAUCAUAAAGAACCAGAAAGAUAUUAUAAAAACUCACGACAAGAUAGAUGCCACUCACGCGAUUCGAGUUUAGAUUCUCCGCCCCGACAAAGGCAAAGCACUGUUACCAAAGUAACAACAAAAGAAACCUAUUACAAAGAUAGGGAUCAAACUCCUUCAAACGACCGCAAAAAACGUAGUCCUUCACAUGAUUAUUCUAGGAAAAGCCCUACGCCUCGUAAUACUGAUAGAAAAGCAGAGAAAUCCAAAGCAGUGGCAAAAGUAAUUGAAACUAAGCGUAACCGGAGCAAGUCCCCUAGAAAAUCUCCUUUAUCCCACGAAAAUGAUCGGUUUUCUAAAGAGAAAAGAAGGUAUUCUCGGAGCAAGUCUAAAUCAAUGUCUCCUUUAAAACGCGCGUCUAAAAAAGACAAAAAGAGUAUUACACCAACCAGGAAGUCUGAUAGACGUACUUUAUCUCCCAAAGUAGAUCGCCGAGAUAAACGAGCGGUUAGUUCUAAAGAAAAACAUGAAAAAGAUAAAGAUGUAAAAGAAUCUCAAAAGGAAAGAUCAAAGUCGCGAUCAGACCCAAAGAGCAGAAGCUCUUCGAGCCUUAGCUAUUCACCAGCACGUCGUAGCCCAGAGCGUUAUCGGGACAUCAUUGAGAAAUUGCCUGAAAAGGACAAAAGGAAAUAUAUUAAGUCCCCGUCAGAUUUACAACCUAAGAGAAAGAAAAACAAGGAAGAUUAUAAACCAAAAACGGUUUGUAUGAGGAGUUCUUCCAGUGAAAAUGACGAUUCUGAAGAAGAUUUUCUUCGGAUGGACCUUCACGCGCGUCAGGAGGAAUUGAAUAUGAAGGAAUUGGAUAAACUGAAGCAACGACUGGCUAAACUGACCAAAGCCACAAUGGAACGUAUUAGGAUCGAGGAAGAGAGUGGUCCGUCCACUUCACAAGGACGCAGUGAACAGAAACUAGAAUGGGAGAUUGCCAGUAAAUCCCCAAAGGAAGCUGAGAAUGAAAUUAAAACUCAAUCAAUCAAGUCAAUCAGUCCAGUGAAGAUUGACAGCUUAAGGAAGGAAAGCCCUGCAUUGCACGUUGAGAGCUCUAAAGUGAAAGAUGGAAAGAAGAGCAAGUCCCGUAGUUGGUCGCGAACCUCUUCUCGGUCACAUUCAAGGUCAAAGUCGCGGUCACGGUCAAAAUCUAGAGUGAAAUCGUCACGGUCACGGUCGAAGAGCCGCAUGAAGUCAUCACGGUCGCGGACUCCGUCAGGAUCACGGUCACGUUCCAGGUCUUCGCGUUCAAGAUCUAGAUCCUAUUCAUCAUCAAGAUCUCGUUCUUCUCGAUCCAGCUCGUACAGCAGCAGAAGUUCUUCUCGAUCUUCGCGUAGUUCAUCUCGUUCAACGCGAUCUUCGAGAACAAUGACGGGCGUGUACGCGGAUUACCGCAGAUCGAGUUCGACGCGCUCCAAGUCGCGCUCACCGUCCAUUCCGCGACGGGCGGGUUCGCCAAGCUUCCUCGAUAGGAGGCGGAUCACGAGAAAAAAGUCACGCAAAUAUAGCACCGGUUCUGAAGAUUCUUCUAGUAGUCGCUGAAUGCAGUUUUAGGACAUUCUUAAAUUAUUAUUAUAUAUAUUAAGAAAAAUAAAUAACAUUGUAAAGAAGUUUGUAUUGAAACAUAACAUUUUUAAUUAUAUCGGAUUAUUUUCUUUACAAUGUCUGCCUUUUAAAUAAACUUGAAUGUAGCCAUUUUAUAAGUGCUCAAUUUUAAAAAAAUUCUGCUUGUGGUUAUGUAUUUCUAACACUGUCCAAUUAAAGUUAAUAUUGAAAAUUACCAUGUGUGAGAGUUGAUUAAUAUUGGUGUGACACUUUCUUACUAAUGGGUAUUAAUUAUUAUUACUAGGUUAUUGUAAAUAAUAAUAGAUAAAUUAAUUGUGAGUCACUUUAGUUUUAUUAUGCAUUUAGAGAAACAAAAAGACUAUUAACCUUAAAAAGUAAUGUUACUGAAAUGAGUUAACAGAGUUUUUUCUUUCCUAGCGCACCAAUUAUAGACGUAACUUAUUCCUCCAAGAAAUACAAAUACAGGCGAAGAUGACUACGUAAUCAUAUUAUUUAGGGAUAAGUGACAGUGUUGCCAGUUGUAGAAAUUGUUCUAUUUUAUGGACAUUAGUUUCAAGUGUGUUUUUUUGUUCAAUAUUUGUGUUAUUAAAAUUUAUUAUACAAUUAU